GAUCCCACCACAAUAACACUUGUUGACUAUGGAGGAGCAAAUGGCCGCCCUCCCCGCAUCGCUGAGGCAGCCGUCGACGAAUGUCGACAAGAAGCUACAGCCGUUUAACACGCUCAAGUCGAGCAUCAAGCACCUUCGCCCCCCCCCAUAACUGCUAGGCUCCUAUCUUCAAAUGCAUCCGCCUUGCCAUCAGCACCACACAGUUUGCCGCUCUCGCAAUGACGGGCUUCUCGACACCGACCCAUCUCAUCCGCCGUCUGUGCAUGCCACAGCAGAAUGCCGCCAUCAUCCCAGGCCAGUUCCCGAAGCCCCUCCCGAUACUACUCGACAGGCUGGGCGAUGCACGCGAGUAUCACAGCAACGCCGCCUCUUUGAUACUGGGAGAUCUCUGGCCAUUGGCGCAUCAGCCGGUGUGGGGGCUGGUGCGCCAUCAUGCCAUGAAGAGCAUCAGCCCCCGUGCGAAGGAGGCUUCGAUGCAAUGAGUCGUGAAGAUGAACAACACCCAGAACUCGCCCUUCAAAACCUUCACCCCGCUGCUUCUUGCCAUCCUCGAAGACGCCGACGCAGCAGUCCAAUAGGAAAGAGAUACGGAAAGGGAUGGGCCAGUUGUAAGAAAAAGAACUAGGACUGGAUAUCAGACGUUGCUAUACAGCCUUUCUA